AUGCCGAAACAGCGUCAAGCUUUUGUUGAUCCCAAUGCGGAACGAGUUCGAACUCACUUGUUUUUUUCAUCCAAAGUUCCACGUAAUCCAUCAAGACGAAGACGACGUCCUCAUAAUAAAUUACACCAGCUCUUGCAUCGUAAGGAUGAAAUGGUGCAAACGGCACCAGCCGAAUUAGAACCGUCCUUAUGGUCCGGUAAUCAACGAGUACUUCAUUUUGGUCCUAUGGCACAACGUGAUCCAUUCUUCUACUACUAUCCAAAAGGAUGGGAUGUUCUGUAUCCGGCACACUUCGGUUUUUUUCCUUAUCGGGCAACGAAAUUUCGAGGAUCUUCAUCCGCUAUUUGCAUAAGUGCAUUUGGCACCUUCUUAUCGUUAGGUGGUGCUUUAAUGUUGCUUUUGGCACACUUCUCAAUGGAUGAUUCGCCGCUGUUCAAUUUGAAAUAUUAUUAUCAAAAGCCGAUACAAUUAGCUGGUUUAAUUUUCCUCAUUUGUGGUGGUAUCCUGGUGUUUGUGUCACUCGUAUGUAUAAUAUUUUCGGUUAAGAUUUUGAGUGCGGACAUCAGUACUGAACUUGGACGGCCACGUUACACAAUUUUGAAGCAAGCUAUAAAGGAACCGAUUGGUGUUUACGAAAAAUCUCCUUACCAAUCAAUGCCACCACCAGCGUAUCCAGUUUUGGAAAACAAAUACACUCAAAUGACAGUGUUCAGUCCGAAAUCAGAAUUGAAAUUAUAUCCACCGGUAAUGCCCGGUUGUUCGACGUUAUCGUUGCAUGAUCGAUCAUCAAGUUCUUAUUUUGCUAGUCCAUACAAUACUUUACGCGCCGUCUCUGCUACAGUACAAACGGACAUGGUAAAGGAAAAUCCACGAGCUAAUUCGUUGGCAGGUACUCGAAAGCUUUCAAACGAUUCUGUGCAAACUUCACGUCGAACAAAAAGCUUAGCUGCUUCGUCAACAAGAACAGAGAAGUCGACACGCUUGAUGAAAUGA